AUGAGUAUAAGAAGAUUGUGUAGCACCAAAUAUGAGGUUUUUGAUUUAAAAACGAAAUCCUUUCCUUUGUAUCUAUAUGAUGCAUUUGGAUUAUACACCAACGGAUUUAUUACUUUUAUUAUUAUCUAUCUAUCUAUCUAUCCUAGUCUGUUUCUAUCUAUCUAUCUAUCUAUCUAUCUAUCUAUCUAUCUAUCUAUCUAUCUAUCUAUCUAUCUUCAUGGUAUCUCCCUCUCUCAUUCUAUCUUUUUCUCUCUCUAUCUCAGCCUCUUCUUAUCUAUCUAUCUAUCUAUCUAUCUAUCUAUCUAUCUAUCUAUCUAUGUUUCAUUGUCCCUCUCUUUCUCUAUCUAUCUAUCUAUCUAUCUAUCUAUCUAUCUAUCUAUCUAUCUACAUGGUCUCUCUCUCUCCCAUUCUAUCUUUUUCUCUCUCUAUCUCAGCCUCUUCUUAGCUAUCUGUCUGUUCAUUUUUUUGUCUCUCUCUCUCUCUCUCUCUCUCUCUCUCUCUAUCAGCUUGUUCGUAUCUAUCUAUCUAUCUAUCUAA